AUGCCCAGCUCCAGGAAUCCCAACCUAGGGAUGUCCCGGGACAGCAGCGACUUCCGUGGUCUGAGCCCCGUGGAGACCCGGAAGGGCUCAAAGAAACCUCCAGGAAAUAAGAGAGCCCGAUCUUUGGACCGCCAGGCUCCCAGGAAGGACCCCGAGUCCUCGAACUCCAGGCGCCCCUCCAGCCCCACCUGCAGGAGGACGGCCAGCGAUGGGGCCAGAAGUUCUGAGAACCUAUCUCACUUUGCAGAGGCCCAGGGCGCUGCCGCCGCCGCCGCAGCCCCUCUGGGAGAGGGGCACAGAUUUCUCCCCAGGGAGCAGGGGCCCCCAGAAGACACCAAGAAAGAGAAGCCUCCGCGGGAGGCCGAGCAGAGCUUUUGGAGGAUAGUGAUGAAUCUCUUACUCAUGAGGAUGGAGGAGCCCAGAGAAAAGGCCAGCAGGAUGUCAAAGGGGAACAGAGGGGACCUGUCUGAGGCAACCGAGGAGCCGGCCCCCAGGAAGAAAUCCCAGGACAAGAGGACCAGCCGCAAGAAACACAGUCACAGGAAGCCUGUUGUCGGAGGGCCUCCUGGACCCCAGACCGCAGACACACAAGGCCAAGAGGACAUGCCGCCCAGUUUGGCUACCUCGCGCGUCCCCGAGGAGGGAGACCCGGGGCUGAUCUGCAGGGGGGGACCAGAUUCUGACCUCCCUCAGGCCUUGCCCACGGAAGGAGGCCAUGCUGAAACCCCAGAUAGCUCUGGCCAAGCUGCAGGUCCUCCAGCAGAAGAGGACCCCAGGAAGCCCAACGAGGAUGACGUCAUCUGGCAGAUCGUAGAAUUGCUCAAGAAAGCUGGAGACCAACUAGAAGAAGAGCAGGCACAGGUCCCUCAGCCAGAAGCGGUUCCUCCACAAAAGCCAACGCCACCCCCCAGGAAGAAAUCCCAGGAGAAGAAGUCUAGCCUGAAGAGAGCCUUGUCCCUCAAGAAGCCUGCCUCGGAGGAACCCAAGAGAGUCGGCGGCGCAGCCACUACCCUUGAAACCCGGCCCAAGAGGCCCAGCUUCCUGCCCCUGUGUGUUAGUAGCCCGCGAACUUCCACCUCCAGCAGCUAUGACUUGGAGGUGCCCGCGAUCCAUGAGGUCCCGACUGAAUAUGGUGAAGGCUCCCAUCCCUCUGACCACCCGCCAGCUGUCGUAUUUCAGGGACCGGAGGAGAAGCCACUGCUGGACAGAGCCUCAGAAUCUAGAGAAUUCAGGCGGAAGAUCCUGGCUCUGCUGCAGAAUGCAGAAGAAGAGAGAGAGGAGCAGCAGGAGGCAGAGGAGAACAGAGAAACCCGGGCCCCAGCCGGCAAGGUGAAGUCCCAGGGGAAGAAGUCUAACCUCCGGAGAGCCUUUUCUCUCAGGAAACACAGCCCCAAGGAUUCUAAGAGAACGGAGGCUUUGGGGACGCCAGGCUCCGGCAGCCCGGAGGGGCGGCCACACAAGAGGCACGGCUUCCUGCCCAUGUGUGUCAGUGGCCACAGAGCUUCCUUCUCCAGCAGCCCAGAAAGCCUGGAGUUCCAGAAGACAGAGGCUGCAGGAGGGGGACCAGCCGGGUCCCCAGAAGCGCCUUUGCAGGCCAGAAGUCACACGCCAGAAGAGGGGCCUUCAACAGAGAGAGCCUGGGAAUCUAAGGAGUUCAUGAUCCAAAGGCUCGUGGCGAGUCUCCAAGAGGUGGACAGCGAGCUAGGGAGGCAGAUCCGGAAGUACCCCAGCUUCAGACGUUUCUUUAACGACUUCUCAGACACCUCCCUCAGGAAGCUGGUGGCCACCUUAGACAGACAGAAGGCCCGCCUCUCGGAGGAAGGCAGGAGGCUCGCCAACAGGCCGCCGCCGUGUGACUUUGUCACGCUGAACAAGUUUGCCGCCAACCACAGCUGCGCCAUCUGCACCCUCAUGCAGUCCAGGGGCGAAUACAAGGGACACAGUUACGCCCACUUCCUGUCCAGGAAGGCCCAGCAGGACAUCACGAAGCUGGAUAGCCAGAGUCCGGACUGAAGAUGGGACCUCUUGUGUACUUCCCGAAUGUCCCUACAGACAAGAAUGGACCGUGGACAAUUCUCCGCGCUCAGCGCUGUCUGGGAACAUCAUCUUCCUGGAAGCCGGACCCAGAAGCUGGGCUGGGGUUGGCACUGGAAUGGGGUUAGGAGGUCAGUGGCCUCUGCGUGGCCUCUGCGUCCCAUCCCCCAACCCCCAACUCACGCCAUCAGGAAGAAGGGUGACUGACACCUGCCAAACCCAUGACUCUUAGCUGGUGUGUGUGUGUCUGCCUGCCUCUCUCUCUCUCUCUCUGUGCCUUUGGGUGGAGGGAAGGAGUAUAGGUCAGAGGUCAAUCCCAGGCGGGUAGCUUCCAGUUCCAUCUGCCUUGUUUGAGACUCACCCAAGAGGGCUUGUCUAAGGUUAAGAGUCCGAGGAAUCCACCUGGUUCUGCCUCUCCAGCACUGACGUCACAAACAUCUGCCACCACACCCUGCCAUAAAUGAGUCUUCAUUUUGAAAAAUAGGGGUUUUUUUUCCCAGUUUUUUUUUUGGGGGGGGGGUGUUUCGAAACAGGGUUUCUCUGUGUAGCCCUGGCUGUCCUGGAACUCACUCUGUACCCCAGGCUGGCCUUGAACUCAGAAAUCUGCCUGCCUCUGCCUCCCAAGCGCCUAGAUUAAAGGCGUGCACGACCACUGCCUGGGGAAAAGUAGUAUUUUAAUUCAGUUUCUAACUGGAAAAUGCACUUACUCAAACAGCUGGGUCUCUGUCACGUCAUUCACUCAGUUGAUCAAAUAAUGCUCUUGGAUCCACGAGAGACCCCUGGGAACCCUGCAGACCUCAGCAGGAGCCAGGGACCAACCUAUAGAUCAGAGGGCUGACCUCUGAUCUCCCAGAAUCCUAUUAGCCUUUAUGAAGAUUCUGAAAGUUACCUUGUGUCAUGCCUAUAAUUAUUUUAUUGUAUUGAGAAAAGGUCUCACUCUGUGGCCCAGAGCAGCAUCUCCCAGCCCCACCCUCUUCUCUUGAGUACGGAGACUACAGUCGUGUGCCCCCAGCCUGGGCUACUUUUUCAUAGUCACAGCUGGGUACAUUUCAGAAAGUCAGAGGGCUUCAGGCUGGACUGCCCCAGAAGCUCACUGCCCCAAGACAUGCCGUCUCCAUCCUGUCUGUACUGGCUGGUUUUGUGGGUCAAUUUGGUACAAGCUAGAUCCAUCUGAGAACAGUCUCACAGGUGAGGACACGCCUCUGCGAGAUCCAAUUGUGGGGCAUUUCUCAAUUAGUGGUCAAUGUGGAAGGGCUCAGCCCCUUGAGGGUGGAGCUAUCCCUGGGCUGGUGGUCCUGGGUUCGAAGAAAGCAGGCUGAGCAAGCCAGGGGAAGCGAGCCAGCAAGCAGCGCCCCUCUGUGGCCUCUGCUUCAGCUCCGGGUUCCUGCCCCGUGUGAGUUCCUGUCCUGUUUUCCUUUGGCUGUGAACAGCAGCGUGGAAGCGUAAACAGGUUAAACCCUUUCUUCUCAGUUUACUUUUUUGGUCACAGUGUUUUGUUGCAGGGUUAGAAACCCUAACUAAGACACUGUCCUCGCGGAUGGCUGGGACGUGUCUUGAAAUAGGGCCUCUUGUGGAUGUGUCUGUCUGCACAAAUGUGAGGUGCAGGUGCCUUCAGGCUGGACUGCCCCAAGACAUGCCGUCCCCAUCCUGUCGUACUGGCUGGUUUUGUGUGUCAAUUUGGUACAAGCUAGAUCCAUCUGAGAACAGUCUCACAGGUGAGGACACGCCUCAGCUGGGCAUCUCUGUCUCAGGUCCACACCCAUGCACAGGGGCUGGAGCCACUGCCUCCCUGGGUCAUUGGCGGGAAUGGUCUGGGGGCGAUUAAAGCUUGUAUACCACGCUGAGUCUUGCUGGCCUUGGAAACUGUUGGCGGAGGCACGGCAGGCUCGCGGCAUGAUGGGCUGGGCAGGGCAGCCAAAUGAAGGCUCGGAGGCCUGGCUCUCAGGUGGCGGCAGUCUCAAGCAGAAGGCUUCCUUUCAGGAAGCUCAACUAAAAUCAUCCGUUUAUUUCGAAUUCCAUCAAGGGGUCUUUUAUUGGCACUUGGUGAUCUCCUUAUAGAUCGAUUUUAGGUAGUAUUCUGGGAUGAGGUCUGUAUGUGCAAGAACUAACUUUUUGAAUGACUUUUUUAAAAGAUUGUUUGUACAUUGGUGUUUUGCCUGCGCGUGCGUCUGUGUGUGGGUGUCAGACUCCUGGAACUGGACUUACGGGCAAUUGCUGUCAUGUGGAUACUGGAAUUGAACCUGGGGCCUCUGGAAGAGCAGCCAGUGCACUCUUAACCACUGAGCCAUUUCUCCAGCCCUGGGAACUAAAGUUUUGAAACAAGGAUCAGGAACCUUUUGUACAUAGUUUAUUUUUAUCAUUAAGACACCCAGUCUUUUACAUAGUUCAGGUUAGCCGCCACACCCGACUGUACAUAGUUUUAUUUAUAUAAAGAUUUUGUUUUUAUUUUAAAUUAUGUGGGUUUGUGUACCGGAGUGCAGUUCCCUCAGACGCCAGAAGAGGGCACUGUAUCUCAUGGCGCUGGGGUUGCAGCCGGUUGUGAGCCGCCUGCCUUGGAACAGGGCUUGUUUUACCCCUGAGCACUCUCUCCAAAACUUGGACGUUGUUUUUUAUCUGUAACAAUGACUAUCUAGGCUGCAGAACAUUUGUUAUAACUUUCCGAUGAUGGCAUCCAAGUCUGGUUUUUAUACUGUGUUGUUUGAACCAAUAAAGACACUGAGUCAAAA